AUGUCGGCCGCACCUCUUCGCCUCGGCAGCAUUGCCCCCAACUUCGACGCCGAGACCACCAACGGCCCCAUCAACUUCCACGAGUUCAUCGGCGACAAGUGGGUCGUCCUCUUCUCCCACCCAGAGGACUACACCCCAGUCUGCACAACCGAGCUCGGCGCCUUUGCAAAGCUCGAGCCAGAGUUCACCAAGCGUGGUGUGAAGCUCAUCGGCCUGAGCGCCAACACCAUUGAGAGCCACGGCGGCUGGAUCAAGGAUAUCAACGAGAUCUCUGGCAGCAACCUCCGCUUCCCAAUCAUCGGUGACAAGGAGCGCAAGGUUGCCCUCGCCUACGACAUGAUUGACCAGCAGGACGCCACCAACGUUGAUGCAAAGGGCAUUGCUUUCACCAUCCGAUCUGUCUUCGUCAUCGACCCAAAGAAGACCAUCCGUCUGAUCCUCUCCUACCCAGCCUCGACCGGCCGCAACACCGCCGAGGUUCUCCGCGUUGUCGACUCUCUCCAGACUGGCGACAAGCACCGCGUCACCACCCCAAUCAACUGGGUUCCAGGUGACGAUGUGAUUGUCCACCCCAGCGUCAAGGGCGAAGAGGCCGAGAAGCUCUUCCCCAAGAUGCAGGUCGUCAAGCCAUACCUUCGCUUCACCCCUCUCCCCAAGAGCGAGACCUCUGCUGCUGUUUGA